GUCAUGGGGAACCAGCAGCAGUUUUGACAACAAGCACGGGUGUGACAGCGUAUUCAUCAAUUUCUUAGCUAAUUUGCUGAAUUACAGUGUGUUUUGAUCGUUGUUCGACCAACGGGCAAGCAAAACGUUACUCUGGAGCUGCGUGACAGUGAUAUUAAUUGCAGAAGCAAUCGUGAAAUUGUAACCUCCGAUCUUGUUACUGACCCAGUGGCACCAAUUUUCGUGAGAAGUCGUCGGUGUCAGGCUUUCAUCAUUCAGGACAAGCGUGCCGAAAUCGAUGAAAUUGUGACCAUUUUUUCGGAUCAGAAUAUCUAGGUGACAAGGACAUACUUUAUUACAAGUAUGAUGGAUUUAGGUGAUAACCCAGUGACUUUAAUUGUCAAAGCACCAAAUCAGAGAAUUGCUGACCAAACAGUCGACUGCUUCCUGGAAUGGACUGUAAGAAAAUUGAAAGAGCAUUUAGAAAACGUUUACCCUAGUAAACCCAAACAUAGUCUGCAGAAACUUAUCUACUCUGGCAAGUUACUUCAAGAUCACUUCACACUUAAAGAGGUUCUCAGACAGCUGGACGAAGCGUCACUUCACACUGUCCACCUCGUCUGUGCUGGUGGAUCCGAGGGAUCAUAUGUUGAAAGUACAAGUGAAACACAGAUAGAUGCUACCCCAUCCAGUUCCAGUCACUCAACAGAUUCAACGGAAGGUAUUCGGUAUCGUGGGCCCACAAUGCCGGGGAUGGAGCAGCUCCAACUUGGUGGCAACAUGAUGGCCCCUCCGAUGAUGAUGCCUCCUGGCUAUGGUGGGUACAGCCCGGAGCAGUACAGUGGAUGCAGCAGAUGUACCCCAAGUAUUGACACAGUACAUGCAAUAGUGAGUACCUGUCCCAAUACAUGCAAUAGUGAGUACCUGUCCCAAGUAUUGACACAGUACAUGCAAUACUACAACAAUGCCUACCAUCAGACACCGCCUGCCACCCCAGCAACUGCUGCAGCUGCUGAGGGACGUCCAGCCAAUCAGAACCAGCCUAACAAUGCCCCAGCAGCUCCAGCACAAGCCAAUCCAAACAUGCGUAUGAAUGCCCAGGGUGGGAUGGUUGAAGACGAGGAUGAGGAGGAUGUGGAACAUCGGGACUGGCUGGAUUACAUCUAUUCUUAUUCCCGCUUCCUCGUCCUUCUCAGCAUUGUCUACUUCUACUCAACGUUCAGCAGAUUCGUUGCCGUCUUUAUAGGAUUUGUCAUCAUAUAUUUUUUACAAAAGGGCUGGUUAAAUAUCCGAAGAAAUCCAAAUCCACCUCAGAGACAACAGCAGCCAGCUGAGGCAGCACCAGAAGUCGUACCACAGGAAGCAGAGCAACAGCCACAGCAGCAGCAACAGGCAAAUCCAGCGGAGAAUCCACAGGGCAUUAUUGCAAUGGUGUGGUGCUUUGUGUCAACAUUCAUCACCUCCCUUGUCCCACAACAACCCCCAGCUGUCAAUGCCAACUGAUUCUGGGAUAUAACUGCAGGUGAAAACUGUGAACAUUGUGAUCGGUUGCAUGUGUCUGAAUCAUGCAGAGGAGCUGUGAACCAUGUUGUUUUCUACACGGAGAGUGACUUGUGCCUUGGCUUGACCGCUCAUCAGAAAACUGUAAUUGUCCUAUUCUCACCUGGGUCAGAUUACCUGUAGAACUGGAACCCGAUUUGUGAAUCUAAUUACUGAUAUCUGUCUCCCAGUUCAAGAAUACAAGCAAACUCUUGUGAUGGGUUUUGCCAUAUUACAGUCAUCGUCAUCAUAGUGUUAUUUCCACCCAAAAUUAUUUUGUGCUGAAAAACUGCAUGUCAAAAGGCAAAACAAAAAAUAUACAUCAUGUUUUUCUCAUUCAAGGUGAAUGGUAGUUUGUGAAUGAAAAAGCAUGCUGGAGAAACUCUUUUUUCAUUCAUACAGAACUGUGUGGUGGAAAUUUGAAAUCCACAUUACUGAGUGUUAAGUGUUAAUGAUAUCACUAAUUGAUGGAAAGUUUGUGAUAGGCCAUAUUUGGCUGUGUCUGUAUCCAUGUGCAAUAAGCCCUGAAUAGAAGUUCCCCUGAAACUUUCUCUGACAUGUUCACAAGAAUUACAUCCUUAGAACAUGGAUCUCAUGUUCAUAUUUCAAAUAAGAUCUGAGAAAUUCCAUGAUCUACUGAAUAUAUUACAACCAGUUUAGACUGUGUUAAUGUGUGGAAAUUAUUAUAUUAAUACAAUAAUGAGGGUUACAUUGUCUGUAGAGUUAUCUCCCUUGGGUGACUCAGUGAGAAUCGAACCACUGUUUGUCAAAAGCUCAGCAUUCUGUUCACACUUAAUGUUGAGUGACCGUGUCAAAUAUAUUAUGUCAGAGUGGUGAUAACAAGUGAUGUACUAAUAACACUAGCGACCAUGUAUUCAUAAACGUCAGUGAAAACGUUACGCACACACAAUCUUUAUUUUCAUAUAUCCUGAACUUCCACAUAUCUUUGGGAAAUAUCCACAGUGACUUAGAACUUAGUAUUAGAUAUGUAAUAGAUGUCUCUUCAAACUCACUAGGAUUGACUUGACUGCCCAGUGGGGUAGCCCAGUGGUUAUGGAUGUCCACAGACUUGUGGAAAAGUUGUACCAGAAUGCUGAAUGUUUCUCCAGGUUUUCAGAUGUACUGAUUUUAUCCUGAGGAAACAGUGUAGUCUAGUUUCUAUUGUCCUUGGCCACUUACAAAACAUGUGAUGUUUCAUGUCUUUCAUUACGACUAUGUAACUGUUAACAAAACCAAAUGUGUUUUGUUUGAAAAUGAGGGAUACAGUUUUUGUAAUGCCUAUUACAUAAAAGUAUAUAGUAGACAAUCCUUAAAAUUUCCGCUGUUGUAUAUAAGCUUCAACAUGGUGAGAGAACCUCAAGCUUUAUCUUAGGGUAAAAAAGGUAGAUGUUUAAUGGGUUCAUAUAGUACAUCAGUGUUCUGAUGUUGAUUUGAUUGUCUUUGUAAUACCUAGAAAUGUUAACAGAUUUAUAUAAGGCUUGGAGAACGCAGAAGACAAAUGUAUCACGCACAGUUGUCCAGGUGAAAACUUUUGGCCUGACUGAAGGUAUUUUUCUGUAUAAAUGUCUCAACACCACAGCACUCUCUUCAAGACAUGCAAAUAGGACAUUAUUUGUGAAGGCAUUAGCACUGCAGAUGGGCUUCCGUAACGACCAAACAUAUAGGUGCAGUUUCUAUUGGGAUAUGUACUUGGUUGUGAUGGGAUUUGUGUUUCUUUCAGGUUUGUUAGCUUUAUUACCAUAGGGUUUUGGCAUUCAGUAAAUGUAUAUUGCUAUGAUUUUGCUCUGACGAUCACGUUAUUUCAAUAUAUGUUUUUAUAAUUCUCCUAUUAUGAUACGAAAAGUUUGUGUUAAAUUAAUUUAAGAAAUUUGUAAAUCUUGAAUCACAGAAUCCUUGUAUUUUGCAAUAAGAAAGUGUUAGAAAUUGGUCAUUCUUUUGGUAUAUUUCCCUUAAUAAUUGUCUCAUGUUUCUCAGUAAUUUCAAAGCUCAUCAUCAUGAUCAUGUUUAAAUUCUGUUUUCCCCCACCACACAAUAUAUCCAACAGCAGAUCUUGUUGAUGUUACCAUGGCUACCAUCUCUGCUUCUUCGCCCUGGUACAGGUCUAGGACAUGGACUCAUUUUCAUCCCAUGUGUUCUGCAUAUUUUAGUGUUUGUUAAUGUUACAGAAUAUCCUAUCAAACUUGAAAAAAGUAGGUCUUUAGCAAACUCAUUGUGUUAACAAAUAGGUAUUAUUGAUGCUGUGAUUGUCUGGAGACAAAUGGCAAUAGAUUUUUUUUAUCAGUCUUUAAUAGGAUUUUAUUUAUUUAUUUUCUAAUUAGGAAAAUACAUCUUGGGACAUUUUGUAUGACGAUCAACCAACAUCCUUAUGUGGUACCCUAUGAUGCAAGUGUUUUAAGACUGUUCAAGCUCAGUGGCAACACUGAAAUUGAUUUGUCCGCCCAUUGGGGUAGCCUAGUGGUUAUUGUGUUCACUUGUCAAGCCGAUGGCCUGGGUUCAAAUCCUCACUUGGGUACAGUGUGUUCAGCCCAUUUCUGGUGUCAUCCACCAUAAUAUUGCUGGAAUAUUACUAAAAGUGUUGUAAAACCAUACUUGCUCACUCACUAACCUGCCCAGUGAAUAAUAGCAAAAGAUAUGCUAUGUGUAAUGUUGCCUUGGCUACCGUGAAUAUUGUUUCUCAAUUAUCCAAUCUUACAGUGCUGACUUGACAUGUACAGUCAAUUUAAGUAGUUUAGAAAUCCUAGCUUUUGAGCACUAUACAAGAGACAAGUCUGGCACAUCAAUUUUGUAUUUUCAUUUUAUAUUACCAGGUAUCAUCUUUGAAAAUUUUCACUGGAAUCCCAUUUGAAAUCCCAGAUGUUAAUUUCUGCAGAAUACUAUUUCCCCAGAAACUUCUCUUUUGUUACUGUACAAUCAUAUUAUCUUACAUGCAUACAAUCAUGUAUUUGUUGAUUCUGUUUAUUGCCUUUAUUUUGUCUAUAUUCUGUUUAUUGUCUUUUUUUGUCUAUAUUUUGUUUAUUGUCAAGAAUAUAUCUUGUUAAUUGCUUGAUUUCCAAUCUACAUCUAGUUGUGUUAUGUUUGUUUCCUUUUAUAGUCGGGGUUGACUGUAGAAGUUGUAGUAUAUCACUGUUUGGCAACACUCACAUUUUGACAUCCAAAUGGCAGUGUUGGUUAAAGUAAUAUACUGAGGGAAACAAAUAAGGGAACACCACUUCAUCGCAGUGUUCCUCUAUGUAUUCUCAGAUUCUCACCCACAGUGUGAUACAAAGCUUGUGAAGAAGCCUGGAAAAGAAUAAAGGAACUCUUGUGCUUUCAUGUGUUCCCUUAUUUAGUUCCCUCAGUAUAAAAUGAUACAAUCCAUGCUGUGAUACAGAGCUUAGAUUAGAAGAUCCCUAUGAGGAAUAUCUAGUUCUCAGAUCAGUUUGAUAAGUUCAAGAUAAACACAGAUAAAAUGGCUUAUCUUUCUUUUAUGAAAUUGUACAUUCAUACAGCUUCAACUUUAUAUUAUCGAUAUAAUUUCAGUUUGAGUUUUCUAUGAAUUUCCUUGAUAUCAAUUCUAAUGCACACAAAGGUUAAAAGUGUACAUGGCUUAGUACACAAACACUUCAAGCUUCUUUUCAUUGAUCUUUUUCUUUGUCAGUAGUAUCCAAUCUUAUCAUUUUUAUUUAUGAGAAACUAUGGGACAUAUCUACUCAUCUUAUUCUUUUAGUUUCUCAUGGUUAAAUAGAGGCUUAAACUUUUCCCAAACUAGUAUUCUCAACCAAUUUUAUUUGAUCCUUGGAACUAGAUUCUGUUGCAAAACAUAUACUGAAAUUGACAAAACUUCGGAAUUCCCUCCCAGAUUAAGCUAAGAUGCCGUAAUAAAACUGUAAUACCAAACCAAACUCACUCAUUCAAUAUGACAUUUGGGCUGCCAAAUAUGGAUUAUGGUCAUUCUAUUUCUACAUGACAGAUGUUACAAUUUCCACUUGAUGCCCUAUCUAAUAUUUGUAUAAUCGAAAUGACCUUGUUUGUAUCAUUGUGUCCUAAGCUGUACUGAUGAUACAAGAGGUACAGACACUGAAUUGUGCCAAAUGUGUCAGGAGAGUUAUAUAUUGUCAGUGUGUAAAGAAUAUGAAAAAUUGUAAUCGGUCACUGCCUAUUAAUCAGUUUCAGAUAGAUCACAUGUAAAUAUUGUAUAUUGUACAUACUGUAUAUAUGGGGUCCUACUUGUUGAAUCAUAGUGCAUUUAUGAAAUCCUUGGUUAACACAUGCUUACACAUUUCUUUCACGUGUGUUGUCUCAAGUUGCAGUUGAGUCUAUUGGUAUUAAUAUGUAUUUACAUGAUUGAGAUCUAUUCCUCGAGGUUUUGUCUGCAUCCUAAAGUUUGAUAUUAUUUGUACAAAAACUUGAUAAAUAACACAUGAUAAAGUAAGAAUUACUAUCUUCAUCUUUGUCAGUAUGAAGAAUGUUUUUUGUCCACGACUUCUGAGAUAAGGACUCUUGUGACAAGUUGUGUCAGUAGGAUGUGCUUCAGUGCUGAAACCAUCUACGGGCAGUGUGUUCAAUAUGGAAGAGGUUACAAGUGUAACAAUCGUCUCAACAUUUCUCACAGCCAGGUGCUCAUGGAUAAUAAACUCAAUGAUAAAAUAA